AUGUUCACAGCAUCAGGAGUGAUGGAGGUGGGGAGGCCUUAUGCAUGUAGUGAGUGUGGCAAGAGCUUUAGAUACAGCUCCAUGCUGCUGCAGCACGAGCAUGCCCACAGUGGUGACAGCUGCUUCCACUCUGUAGGGUGUGGACAGCCCCGUGCUGGGUCUGCUAACCUCUACGCUCAUAAGCAGGCCCGCGCAGGCCAGACACUCUACAUCUGCAGCGAGUGUGGCCAGAGCUUCCGCCGCAGUGGCAGUCUAGAUCUGCAUCUGGGAAUGCAUCAGCCGCACGGCCUCACCUGCCCCUGCCGUCUUUGUGGCCGACGCUUCCUUCACCUAUCAGUGGUGCUGCGUCAGAGCCGCCAUCAUCCGCCUGAGCAGCCCUGCCGCUGCCCAGCGUGUGCCCUCUCCUUCCGACAGAGUGCUCUGCGUUUCCACCAGGCACGGGCACACCACUUAGAGGCACACCGACCCCUAUCCAGGCCCGCUCCUCCACUGUGCACAGUGCCCCCACAGGCCCUCCGCAGCAGUGCAGGGUUGCAGAUUCACGGGCGAGUCCAUUUGGUCCAGAGCCCCAGCCACUCCACAUUCCAACAUCUCUGCGACAUGGACGCCCACCAAUGUGGUGUGUGUGGUAAGAGCUUUGGCAAGGGCUCUACAUUAACACAACAUCUCCAGACGCACUCUGGAGAGAAGCCUCUCAAAUGCCUAGAGUGCGGCAAGGCCUUUUUGGAGAGCACUACACUGGUUCACUAUAAGCGUAUGCACACAGGUGAGAAACCCUAUGCAUGCAGCGACUGCGGACGCUGCUUCAGUGACAGCUCCACACUGCUGCAUCAUAAGCGCAGCCACUGGGGUGAGAGACCACAUGUGUGCAUCACUUGUGGCAAGGGUUUUGGACAGCGAUAUGCUGUAGUGGUACACCUGCACAUCCACACAGGUGAGAAACCCUUCGUGUGCCCCGAGUGUGGCCGUAGCUUCAGCCACCACUCAGACCUCACCAAACACCAGCGCACACACACAGGAGAAAAGCCCUACCACAGCGAGUUGUGUGGCAAGCGGUUCACGUGCGUGUCCAACCUAAAUGUACAUCUGCGUAACCAUGCAGGCCACAAGCCACUUAAGUGUCCUAAGUGCGGAAAGGCCUUCAGUGUCGCCUCCAAGCUUGCACUGCACCGGAAGACGCAUCUGGGUGAGCAGCCGACAGACUGUACUGAAUGUGGCAAAUGCUUCAGCCACACCCGGUCGCUGACACAACAACGGGCCCACAAGCACACUCCCAUGGCUGCUGCUGCUGUUCCUGCUGCAGCGGUCACUGAGGCUACAGCAGGAUCUGCCCUCAUCUUCAUUGACCCAACUGAACAGAAAAUUUAAGGCUCUUUAUGUGCCCCCUUGAGGAAGACUUGUUAAGGAGUUUCUCUGAAGGAGCUGACCAAGCAUUCCUAUAGUACCAAGGACCAAAGGGGCAAUUCACAUAUGGUUUGGGAAGACAAAGACCUGCUGCUGUCUUUUUCGUUUGUUGGUAGCCCUUCACUUGGCCUGCCUUGCCUCUACUUAACUCCCUCCUCAGCUCUUUUCCUA